GCAAUCCCCUCAUUGGAGCCUCAUUUCAUCGAGCAGCACCGGGAGGAGCUUAUCCGGAGGACUGCCACAGUGGAGGGAGUUUUGGAUCUGCUGCAUGGAGUUGUUCUGGAUGAAGAGCAAUACCAAAGAAUCACUGCGCGGGAGACUAACCCAGAUAAAAUGCGGGAACUCUAUCGACUAGUGCCAAGCUGGGACCACUCUUGCAAGGAUCGGCUGUACGAGGCAUUGAGGAAGAAAAACCCAUUCCUCAUUGCAGAACUUGAAAGGAGAUGA